CCCGAUUCGACGCCGCUACUGCCUGCAUCAUCUAUAAACACGUCGACUAAUAGCCGCAGUCGCACCCCCGUCCCCUGUACCUCUUGUCACCUCAUCGUCUCGAACCUCGAACCUCUACAGCACCGCCGACAUAUCUUGGCUCCAACACUCCUUUAUAAAAAAUUAUCGACAUACAUGUGCAACGCCCUUACCGCUACUUUGUACCCGCAUCUUUGUUGGUAGCUAAACGCCGAGAUAUAAGGGAGCAGGACUACACCGGCCACCUGGGGCCCCGCCAACAUGGCAACCCCGAAUUCUCCGUUCAAGCAGCGGAGGUCGCUGUCGACGGCACAAUCGUCUUCCAACAUGGCGGAGCAGACUAUCGGCCAGUUUAGGCGGAUGGACCACAUCGGGAAGGGAAGCUUCGCGGAGGUAUAUCGAGGCAUACAUAUUGAGAAACGAGCUUCCGUCGCCAUCAAAUCUGUCAACAUGAACAAACUGAACAAGAAGCUCAAAGAUAAUCUAGUUUCCGAGAUAUCAAUAUUGCGGAGCCUUCACCACCCUCACAUUGUCGCUCUCAUCGACUGCCAGGAAUCCCCCUCCCGAAUGCACAUCAUAAUGGAGUUCUGCGAGCUUGGAGACCUGUCGUCCUUCAUCAAGAAGCGCGCCGACUUAGUGAACCACCCACAAACCCAACGCAUGGUCGAGAAAUACCCAAACCCUGCUGUGGGAGGCCUUAAUGAGGUCAUUGUGAGGCAUUUCGCAAAGCAAAUGGCCAGCGCUCUUGAGUUUUUGCGGUCAAAAAACUAUAUCCAUCGUGAUCUAAAGCCACAGAACCUCCUGCUAAACCCCUCAUCGCUGUAUUACUCACAGAGUGGGACUAUUGAGCGCAUGCCUCUGGCUGCCGAUGCGAACUCCUUGAUACCUGCCACUGGUGUUGAGUCCCUUCCAAUGCUCAAGAUUGCCGACUUCGGUUUUGCCCGAAUCUUGCCAACAACGUCAUUGGCGGAGACCCUCUGUGGAUCACCACUCUACAUGGCUCCUGAAAUUCUGCGCUACGAGAAAUACGAUGCGAAAGCUGAUCUUUGGUCUGUAGGAACUGUCUUGUUUGAGAUGAUGUGCGCGAGGCCACCUUUCAGAGCAAACAACCAUGUUGAGCUUCUCCGAAAGAUUGAAGAUCGCAAAGACCACAUCAAGUUCACCGAAGGAAUUAUAGCCAGCAGAGCGAUGAAGAAUCUUAUCCGCGCCCUCUUGAAACGAAAACCACUGGAGAGGAUGUCCUAUGAUAGCUUUUUCUCUGACCCAGUCAUUCAAGACAAUAUACCCGGCCUUGUUGAUGAAGACCUCCCACAGCCUUUUGAACCCGAACCCGUCGCUCCGCGUAGGCGAAAUCAACCAGCACCAACCGAGACUGAUCGACGCGCACAAGAGAGCCCAUACUCGCAGUCACCAAGGGAGCGGACUCCCUAUGGAACGACCCCACCAUCACGACCGAGUUCUCGGCCCAACUCAGGACAAUAUCACGGAACUCCUCCACGACCGAGCUCAAUCCGAAGGCUGAGCAACACCCCUCUCUCGACCGUUGACCAACACACUCCUGUGCGUGAGCGACGUCCGACAAUCACUAAUGCAGCUACAGCGCCUGUCCGCCCAGCUAUGUUGCAGGACCGUAAUGCAAUUCCCACAAGUGCCACUGCGACCCGACGCUAUAGCCGUGAAGAACCCUCUCCUGCCGCAUCCGGACUCAAAGAACACCUCGAACGAGAGCGGAUUCCACAGCGGACGGAGAUCAAUGCUAUGAGAGAAGCUGCGGAACGGGCCGCCCAAGACAUCGCUUUCGAGAGGGACUACGUGCUUGUUGAGAAACGGCGAGUGGAGAUUGAUGCUUUGGCGGACGAAAUUGCUGCUAGCCCACAAAACACAAAGGGAAUUCGCGAUGCUACGAUGAAACGACGAACCACGACUCAAGGGUCUCCUACUUCUACAGCAGGCGCAACAGUUCCAUCAAGGGCGAUUCAGAUUCAGCAGCAGCGGCAAGCCCCCUUGCAUCAGCGAAACGGUUCCUACGAGCGUCGCUAUCGGCCAAGCUUUGAGAGCGCAACUUCCGCAUUGUCUAAGGCGAUGAACAUGGUCAAUAUUCGAGGUCUUGGGCUUUCUCCACCUAUGUUGAAGGGCGUAUCUCCACCUCAGAACUAUCCAGCGUACCCUGUUUAUCCAACGGCGCAGAGUAGCCUUCUUCUUGUUGGAGAUGGCGGAAAGACCACCAGCAAAGACGAAGACGCACUUAUGAUCAAGAAGGUAGAAGAGCUUGCGCAGCUUAGCCAUGUCGUGUAUGGCUUCGCGGAGGUUAAAUAUAAACAGCUCGUACCGAUCACGCCUAGCGAUCAAGGUCUUGGUAUUGGUCCGACUGGAAUGGUCAGGAAACCGAGUGGUGAUGGUGAAGAUGACGACGAUGACGAUGAUUUGACACCAGACGCCGUUUUGACCAUUUCUGAGGAAGCCCUUGUGCUUUAUGUCAAAUCGCUGGCAAUGCUCAACAAAGCUAUGGAUAUCGCAGGCAAUUGGUGGACGCGCCGCGCUCGAAGCAACCCUUCUCCCGAGAGUGGCAAUCGACCGUCCGCGUAUACAGAACGUUUAAACCGAGUUGUCUCGUGGCUUCGGGAUCGCUUCAACGAAUGCUGCCAUAAGUCGGAAAUUGUCGCACGCAAGCUCAAGCAAGCUCAGCAGCAAGUACCCGUCGACCAUCCAGGCCACCCUCAAAAUCACUCCACCGCGUCCGGGUCCGCUACAACUAUCGGCUCUGCUGAGAACAUUCUUCUGACUACCGGAGUCACAGCCGAGAAGUUAAUGUAUGAUCGAGCAUUAGAGAUGAGCCGAACCGCCGCUGUCAACGAGCUUGUUGGCACAGAUCUACCUGGUUGUGAGCUAAACUACAGCACUGCGAUUCUCAUGCUGGAGGCUGUCCUCGAAGAAGAAGACGACAACCCUAGAGGAAAGGUCGAUGGUGAGGAGAUCAACGGAUUAGAGUCAGAAGACCGGAAGUCAAUCCAAAAGCUCUUGGAAAGUAUGAGAACCAGACACAGGGCACUUAAGAAAAAGAUCGAGAUGCAGAAAGCUGUAAAACGUGCAUCGAUCACUAGCGCGCCCGCUCCGCACCCCCCAAGCCGUGGGUCUCCAUCAUCUCAGGGCACUGCGAGGUGAAUUUCCCCCCGGCCCAAUCACGAUAUGCAG